AUGGCCGCAGGAAAAACACUGUACGAUAUUCUAGGCAUCACGCAAGGCGCGUCAGCCGAUACAGUCCGCAAGGCGUACAAAGUCAAGGCGCUUGAAACCCACCCCGAUCAUAUCGUGGACCGGCUGAAGCAUAGUGUCCACACUCAGGUCCGCACUGCGUUCGAUGUUCUCAGUGAUCCGGCUAAGCGUCGUGCUUACGACAAUGGCCUCAACUUCAUGCGCACCCGUGUCAACGUUAACGUGAACAUGAAUGACAUGCAAGCCAAGCUGGCUCGCGAGCGGGCUGAGUGGGCUCGCCAGGCCGAGACGCGGCACCAAGAGCGCAUGAAAGUGUUGCGUGAGGAGAUGCUCGCUAGCCAGCGGCGAUAUCAAGAGACAAUGGCAAAGGCAGAGCUGCGAUACCAGGAGCGCAUGCAGGCCAUGGAGGAUGAGCUGCGACGCAAGCGAGAGGCUGAGCGGCAGGCGGAGGGCAACAUCAGUGAGACAUACGACCUCGCUGGCAGGAGGUCUUACGGGUGA